CAGCUAUUCCAUAAAACCAGACGAGCAGCUAAUUCACAUCUGAAACUUCAUUAUAAGGUCCCAACUGCCUUUUACGGAAUUCUCCAACUUGCGCCACCGCUUACGAUACCCGUGACCCUACAAAUGAUUUAAACGUCCGCCAAUAUUCUUUGAUUUUUCAGCCCGAAUUCAUACUUAACUAAGAAUCCGCUCGCCCCAAGCUUUCCUCUUUAGCGAUUCCAGCCAUGGAUAUUUCGGGCAAAGCAUGCGUGCUGAUGCUCAACCUCCCACCCUCUGCACUCGGCGGCAUCAACCUCCUCUCCUUCACCACCACAGACCGCUUCAAAGGCAUCAAAGAGCUACCACAAGGCUGGCAUUUCGUCUUCACCAGCUCGACCAGCUCGCUCUCCGUCCGACACGGAGCCUGGUUCCACGUCCAAGGCGAGCCAUCGGGUCCGCCCGAGCUAUUCAUCAAGAAAUGGGAGCCCGCAGCUGAAGAAUUCGUGCAAGAGACGAACGAAGCGGAGAUCCUAAAGUGGCGGGGCAACCUCAGCUCGAUCUGGCGCGAGGGUCUAACGCCAUACCGGCAGUCUGCCAGCAAAGACAAAGACGAGAUCCAGGAAGAGAUGCAUGACUGGGUCGCGCUGACCGAUAGCAUCACGUCCGCCAUGUUAACCCGCAUCACGGGCAGCGCGCCCGACCACUGGUCCCUCACGUCCGCCAGCUCGGCCGCGCGCGACAUGGAUGACAUCCCCGGCAUCUCGGCCGAGCAAAGCGCCUUCCAGCCCGAGAAAGAGCUGCGGUUCCUCCCCAUCGACCUCAAGCAGACGUGGCGCGAGGGCGCAACCGGCCGCGAGCGCACCCACGCGGCCCAGGACCGCACGUGGGCGCUCGGCGACCUCAUUGAGCGGCACUGCGCUGACGGCGACGCAGAUGAAAUUCUCGGCGAGCUGCAGUUCUGCUUCCUCAUGGUGCUGACGCUGAAUAACAACUCGUGUUUGGAGCAGUGGAAGCGGCUGCUGAGCUUGCUGUUGACGUGCAAAAAGGCAGUUGUGCAGCGCCCGGAGCUGUAUACGAAGUUCUUGGGGCUGCUGAGGUUGCAGCUGCAGCAUUGUCAGGAUGCGGAGGGGGGGCUGUUCGAUCUCAGUGAUGAGGGCGGCACCUUGUUGGGGAGCUUGCUGAGGAGGUUCAAGAAGGGGUUAGAGGAGGUGGAAGGCUUGGGCAAGGAAGAUGUUGUUGAUGAAUUGGAAGAGCUGGAGGACCAUCUCAGGUCCGAGUAUGGCUGGCAGUUUGACAACUCGUUUGUGCGGCACGGCAUGUUGGAGCUAGAGGAUGGCGAGCGCGUGGAGAUGGAUGUAGCAGGCUACGAAGAAGAUGAUGAAAGCGGAGAGUAUGCGCCAAUGGUGGUUGAGUUGACUCCGGAGCAAGCAAAGAGUUUGGGCAGAACGGAUGGAGGUACUUUACAGCAACACCCAAAGGAUGAGGAGACGACGGAGAUCGAAGAGGAAGAAGAUGACCUGGAGGACAUGGACGCGCGGUAUUAAUUCGAGAUUUCUGAGCCACAUCAAGACGUUCCGCUCGGUGAUACAGCCCAGAUAAUAAUGAACAUGAC